AUUCUUCCCGUCUUGUUACCAACGCUGAUGAGGAAACAGUAUCUACCUAAACCUGAACACUUUACCCAAGAGCGGGCUAGUACCGCCUAGCGAGCCUGACGAAACGAGAACCGCAUCAUAUCCGCAGCAUGUCCUGUUGAGCAAAGCCUCAAUUCCCUGCUCGUCGCAAAUACCGAGCCUCAGUUAAGCCAGGAUGUGAUGCACUCUCUCACCCUUUCCAUCCAGGGAUAAGGUCUCGCCAUGCAACCAGCAAGACCAACGCCGAGGGCUCCAGGGAGCUUCUCGCCCCUGCCAGCAAGCAACUCGGCAAGCGCGACGGAUGUCUCGCGCACCAGGCAGACUCGCCAGGACUCGCUGUCGAGCGACGAGCCGGCGCCAUUGAACGUCAACAAGACACGCAACCAGCAGGGCCAACCCCCUACGGCUUCUCCAACGCCCAUCUACGCCAGCUUCACUUCCGGCGCCAACAGCAGCACCACAAAUCUACAGAACUUCUCGCGUCCGACCAUAUCGACCGCCGUAUCCGCUGCCCGUUCUGUCGCGGGCACGCACUCACCCAGCGACGCUCUUCCGCGCAACGGCCCUUUGCCUUUGACCUUGCCGUCGGCGACCCCGUCCCCCGUCACGCCCUCCUUCUCGAACCGGGCGGUCAGCCAUUCGCGCAAACACUCGCAGAACGCCGGACUCUUCGAGCCCACCUUGCCGUCUACUAGCACGUCCAACCUCUCGCACAUCUCAAUGGCCACCUCCUCCCCAAAACCCAGCCCGGCGCCGCACCGAGACAUGUCUGCCAGUCAGAUCGCCGCUCAGGCAGCCGUGAUGCAGCAUCAGAACCAGCAACAGCAGGCGGCGCAACAAGCACAACACGCACGGCAACGAUCACAGACAGCGCCGAUACAAGGAGCGGAUGAGCAACAACCGAUCAAGCGUGCGAGUGGCGGGUCCAUGAAUAUACAGCCCCCGAUGCUAAGCUUGACCGAAGCGAGCCUGCCUCGAGAUAACGCCUUUGGGAGCCAGACCUAUCACAAUGGGCUUCCAGGCAACCACACUCUUGCUGCCGCGGCCGCUGCCAAUCUCGUCUUUCCGAGGUCAGGGCAGAUAUCUCCCGGGAUACCUACGCAGCUGGCUCCUCAGCCGCCGCCGCCGCCGCCGCCGCCUCCCCCAGCGUCCGAGAAGCCUCUCAAGCCGGAGAAGUCAAAGGUGAAGCUCUUCUCGCGCCAAGUAAAGAUUGGCGGCAGCAAGGGUGAGGCAAAGGAGAAGCCACUGCCCAGUCCCGGGAAGGUUGGGCAUGCCUUCGCAAACCUGCAACGGGGCAACUUCAGCACUACCAGCUUGGACUCUGGCGCUCAGUCGUUCUACAGCCUGCCGAAUUCCUCUGCGGCAACAAUCCGACCAGCCGAUAUGCCGGUAGAAAAGGAGAAGGAGAAGGAGAAGAAACAUCACUUCCUGUCUCGUCAGAAACACAAACUCAAAGAUGACUACCAUCUGCCGCUCUCCUCGGCAAUGAGCAAUUCUAGGCCGACAGACCCGAGCGCCCCCAGUAGUCUCUACAGUUUUAGCUUGCCACAGAGCCCCGGUCCGAACAGCACGAGCUUCAAAUCUGCUCUAGACCUGCGUCAUGGAGGGCGAGCUUUACGAGACAAGAGAAAAGAGGAGAAGUCGCUUGACGACGCUUCUAGUUCGGGCGUCGGCAGCGAGUGGCCUGGGUCAAGCAGCGUUGCUUCGGCAUCUGGCACAUUGGCGUCCACACUCUACCUCAACGAGCCAUUCGACGGUCACAAGUACGGCCUGAACAAUAUGACCCACGACGAUGCCUGGCCGUUUCUCAAGGCCAAGUUGCUCGUAGUUUUUGAGGCGGAAGACCUCAGGUUGCCGGUGGAGGAUCUUAACCGCGUGGUUACGAUGCAUAUCCAAUACUGCUUGGCCCGCCGCAGUCCAAAUAUCAUUGUCGACGACCUGAGAGAGCUCCUGUCGACGGGUUUCUCCAGUCUCGACCAGACGCUCCGAAAAACUCCCGAGGACAAGCUGGUCCCAUCGCUUGUCGAGCUGUGGAUCUUCACGUUCACGAGCAUCCUGCCGUUCAUGCAGGCUGUGUUACUGCCUUUGGAUCUCGAAUUCGCAGGUCACGGGCCCCUCAUGGCCCCCGAGCAAGCCCGCGACUUCUGGGGCGGCAUCCCUGCAACAGCCGACUCUUCCUCUGCCACUCAAAAACCAGCCCGCAGCCAGAGCGUCGGCGUGACCCCAGCUUCCUCAAUCCUCGACGUCCGUCGCUUCGUGCUCCUCGCCUUCCGCGACAUCGUCAUCCUCCCGCGCUACGACACCCUCAAAGCCAUGUUCUCCCGCCUCUCGCUCGAAUUUCUCCCCCAAUCCCUCGCGUCCAUGGCCUUGGCCUCCCCGCCGCUCCCGAUCCCAUCACCAGGCUACCACAACCAGAGCAUCAACCAGCAACUCUCCAACUCCUUUCCCUCUGAAGGACCUUACGCCUCGACGAGCCUACCUACCGCCCUCAACCAGUACCGCCCCAACACCGCCACCUCCCUCGACCCCUCCGUCGCCAGCUACACGAGCACGGGCAGCACGCUCUUCGGCGAUAGCUCAGGAAGCGGCAAUCGUAGCCGCGCCAUCAGCAACGUCUCGUUCGGAAGCGACGGCGUCGCCCACGGGCGACCCAACAAUCUCACCACAACCCUGAGCAAUCAAAGCGCGCCGGGGGGCUAUUACACUACCACAGCCGGUGGGACCAGCAACAACAACAACAGCAGCAGCAGUUUCCGCGAGCAAAACGUCGAGGACUCGAAACAGGUCACCGAGAUGGUGGGGCGCAUGCUGCAGUGCAUGAGCGUGCUGGCGUCGGUGGGCGUGACGCCUGGCGGGCGAGACGAUGAAGAGGAGGGGAAUAAUAAAAAGGUCGAGGAGCUGAAUAAGCUGCUCAAGCUCAAUUGGCUGGGCCGCGGCAGGACGGGGAGGAAUAGGCGGGGGAUGGUCGGCGGGCGCGCGAUGAAGCGGGGUGGUGUUGCUGCUGGUGCUGGUGCUACUCCUGCUGGUGGUGGUGCGGCGGAUCUGCCAGCGGGUUCGUUGGGAUCGGUUAUGGGGUAACAAGUGGUCUUCUCUUAGUUUCUCGGGGGCUGGGAUUGGCGGUGUUUUUGGAGAAUGGAGGUUUGUGGCUUGACUCUGUCUGUAUGAUGAUGAUGAUGACGGGAUGGUGACGGGGAGCUUCUCCUGUGCUGUAGGGAACUACGUUAUCUUUUGGGGGAGGCAUAGAGCAAAGGGAACAGGACAGGGAAACCCAUGGCGUUUUGGAUCUUCAGCGGGUAUGUGGUGUACUAGUAGCUGACGAUGAUCGCUGGGAUUCGCUAGUGCAAUGCCAAGUACAAACUGCCAGUGUCUGUGAGCA